UCUCCUCCCUGCUCCCCUUCCGGGCGCUCCUGGGGGACGGGGCAGCUCCCCCCGCGGGCUGGCCGGGCCGGACUGAAUGCCGCCUUGGUUCUCCUCUCCCGCCGGCUCCCUGGUCGCUUGUCGGUCGUGGCAAGUGUGCACUGUCCCCAGAGGCCAGGGUCUCACAAAUGUUAUCCCAGGGCUGGGCCGGGCAGGACGGGGAGGUCUGGGUCCAGCACAGCCGCCAAGCAGUGCGUGACUAUGGCGAGGGAAGAUGGCGGAGAGGACGUGACCUGCACUUAUCCUCAUCCGCCCACCGAGUGGCGCCGCCAUGCAGAAGCCCAGCGGCCUGAAGCCCCCCGGGCGCGGGGGGAAGCACUCCAGCCCCGUGGGCCGCACGUCCACGGGCUCGGCCUCGGCAGCGGCGGCCACUGGCUCCAAGGAAGGCUCCCCCCUGCACAAGCAGGCGUCGGGCCCCUCCUCCUCCCCGGCCGCAGCUGCUGCCCCCGAGAAGCCGGGCCCGAAGGUGGCCGAGGUGGGCGAUGACUUCCUGGGGGACUUCGUGCUGGGCGAGCGGGUGUGGGUGAACGGCGUGAAGCCGGGCGUGGUGCAGUACCUGGGCGAGACGCAGUUCGCGCCGGGCCAGUGGGCAGGCGUGGUGCUGGACGACCCAGUGGGCAAGAACGACGGCGCGGUGGGCGGCGUGCGCUACUUCGAGUGCCCGGCCCUGCAGGGCAUCUUCACGCGGCCCUCCAAGCUCACACGGCAGCCCACGGCCGAGGGCUCGGGCAGCGACGCCCACUCGGUGGAGUCGCUGACCGCCCAGAACCUGUCGCUGCAUUCGGGCACAGCCACGCCCCCGCUGAGCAGCCGCGUCAUCCCGCUGCGGGAGAGCGUCCUCAACAGCUCCGUCAAGACGGGCAACGAGUCGGGCUCCAACCUCUCGGACAGCGGCUCUGUGAAGCGAGGCGACAAGGACCUGCGCCUGGGAGACCGAGUGCUGGUUGGCGGGACGAAGACUGGCGUGGUGCGGUACGUGGGGGAGACAGACUUUGCCAAGGGCGAGUGGUGUGGCGUGGAGCUGGACGAGCCCCUCGGGAAGAACGAUGGGGCGGUGGCGGGCACCAGGUACUUCCAGUGCCCGCCCAAGUUUGGUCUCUUCGCGCCCAUCCACAAGGUGAUCCGCAUCGGCUUCCCGUCCACCAGCCCAGCCAAGGCCAAGAAGACCAAGCGUAUGGCCAUGGGUGUCUCAGCGCUGACCCACAGUCCCAGCAGUUCCUCCAUCAGCUCUGUCAGCUCUGUGGCCUCCUCCGUGGGGGGCCGGCCCAGCCGCAGCGGCCUGCUCACGGAGACCUCUUCGCGCUAUGCCCGCAAGAUCUCGGGUACAACGGCCUUGCAGGAGGCGCUGAAGGAGAAGCAACAGCACAUCGAGCAGUUGCUGGCCGAACGGGACCUGGAGCGGGCCGAGGUGGCCAAAGCCACAAGCCACAUCUGCGAGGUGGAGAAGGAGAUCGCCCUGCUCAAGGCACAGCACGAGCAGUAUGUUGCAGAAGCAGAAGAGAAGCUGCAGCGGGCCCGGCUGCUGGUGGACAGCGUGCGGAAAGAGAAGGUGGACCUGUCCAAUCAGCUGGAGGAGGAGAGGAGGAAGGUGGAGGACCUGCAGUUCCGCGUGGAGGAGGAGUCCAUCACCAAGGGAGACCUUGAGACCCAGACGCAGCUGGAGCACGCGCGCAUUGGGGAGCUGGAGCAGAGCCUGCUACUGGAGAAGGCGCAGGCCGAGCGGCUGCUCAGAGAAUUAGCGGACAACAGGCUGACCACAGUGGCCGAGAAGUCGCGGGUGCUCCAGCUGGAAGAGGAGCUGACGCUGCGCCGCGGCGAGAUCGAGGAGCUGCAGCAGUGCCUGCUGCACUCGGGGCCCCCGCCCCCGGACCACCCCGACGCCGCCGAGACCCUGCGGCUGCGGGAGCGGCUGCUGUCGGCCAGCAAGGAGCACCAGCGGGAGAGCGGGGUGCUGCGGGACAAGUACGAGAAGGCCCUGAAGGCCUACCAGGCGGAGGUGGAGAAGCUCCGGGCAGCCAACGAGAGGUACGCGCAGGAGGUGGCGGACCUCAAGGACAGGGUCCAGCAGGCCACCAGCGAGAACAUGGGGCUCAUGGACAACUGGAAGUCCAAGCUGGACUCGCUGGCCUCAGACCACCAGAAGUCCCUGGAGGACCUCAAGGCCACGCUGAGCUCGGGCCCGGGCGCCCAGCAGAAGGAGAUCGGCGAGCUGAAGGCGGUGAUGGAGGGCAUCAAGAUGGAGCACCAGCUGGAGCUGGGCAACCUGCGGGCCAAGCACGACCUGGAGACGGCCGUGCACGUGAAGGAGAAGGAGGCCCUGCGGCAGAAGCUGCAGGAGGCGCAGGAGGAGCUGGCCGGGCUGCGGCAGCACUGGCGGGCCCAGCUGGAGGUGCAGGCCAACCAGCACCGGCUGGAGCUGCAGGAGGCCCAGGACCAGCGCCGCGACGCCGAGCUGCGCGUGCACGAGCUGGAGAAGCUGGACGUGGAGUACCGCGGCCAGGCGCAGGCCAUCGAGUUCCUCAAGGAGCAGAUCUCGCUGGCCGAGAAGAAGAUGCUGGACUACGAGCUGCUGCAGCGGGCGGAAGCCCAGAGCAAGCAGGAGGUGGAGAGGCUGCGGGAGAAGCUGCUGGUCGCCGAGAACAGACUGCAGGCGGUCGAGUCCCUGUGCUCGUCCCAGCACACCCACGUGAUUGAGUCCAACGACAUCUCGGAGGAGAAGAUCAGGACGAAGGAGACUCUGGAGGGCCUGCAGGACAAGCUGAACAAGAGGGACAAAGAGGUGACAGCCUUGACGUCCCAGACCGAGAUGCUCAGGGCCCAAGUAAGUGCGCUGGAGAGCAAGUGCAAGUCGGGAGAGAAGAAGGCGGACGCACUCCUCAAGGAGAAGCGGCGCCUGGAGGCCGAGCUGGAGGCCGUGUCCCGGAAGACCCACGACGCCUCGGGCCAGCUGGUCCUCCUGAGCCAGGAGCUGCUGCGCAAGGAGCGGAGCCUGAACGAGCUGCGAGUACUGCUGCUGGAAGCCAACCGCCACUCCCCGGGGCCCGAGAGGGACCUGAGCCGCGAGGUGCACAAGGCUGAGUGGCGGAUCAAGGAGCAGAAGCUCAAGGACGACAUCCGGGGCCUGCGAGAAAAGCUGACGGGGCUGGACAGAGAGAAGUCCCUGUCGGACCAGAGGCGCUACUCCCUCAUCGACCCGUCCUCAGCGCCCGAGCUCCUGCGGCUGCAGCACCAGCUGAUGAGCACGGAGGACACGCUGCGGGACGCGCUGGACCAGGCUCAGCAGGUGGAGAAGCUCAUGGAGGCCAUGAGGAGCUGCCCCGACAAGGCCCAGACCAUCGGCAAUUCCGGUUCUGCAAACGGCAUCCACCAGCAAGACGAGGCUCACAAACCGGCGGACAAGCACUGACCCUGCAGGACACCGUGGAUCGGCCCAGUCCACACCAGAGCCCCAGCCAGCUGCCCGGCGAUGCCCCCUCCAGGCAGGGGCCAGGACUGUCACUUUGGAGACAAGACAGUGUUUGUAACAAUAGCGUACUCGCCACCACGGAACCCCAUCCCAAAUGCCCUGCCAGACCAGGAAGCUUCCUGAAGCACAGCCUUCUACAGAGAGCGGUACAGCCCUGGCCCGGCCCGGGGCCCUCAGCCUGGACACGCGGCAGCUUCCGGAGUCUGUGUGGAGGCGGAGGUGACCCAGGCUGGCCCCUCUGCAGGGACCGUCUUGGUGGGACCGUCUUGGUGCCCUGGGCGCUUCCCUGCCCUCCCCUUCCCCCCUCCUCCCCAGGCUUCCUUCAGACCCCAGAGGGGCCAGGGAGGCCCGGCUUCCCUGCCGGCCUGAGGAGGGGAGCCCAGUCUUUGGGGGCUGACUGGGGCUCCUUCUCUGCGGCCCCUUCCUGGCCAAGGCAGUCCCCAGGGCUGCUCCCCACAUACUGAGCCUUUUUCAAACAGUGGUACAAGUUCCCCUCAGCCAGUCUGCCCAGCCCAGCCCCCAGGUUCAAGGUGUCGGGGGCCGGGGGAUGGGGUCUUUCCUGCCCCACCCCAACACCAACACACUCACACC